CAGGCACAGCGCAGCAGGAGUCCUAUUUUUGACUUUUCGCAGUCUCAUCUGGAUCUACCCAUGUAGGGUUUGCUCGUUUCUGAGACUCGUUUUCUGCCAUCAUCUGAAAAUAUACCACCCAAAAAAAAGGCACCAUCUUUGAUUGUUAAAUCUAUCUAUCUAUCAAUCGAUCAAUCAAUCGAAGCAUAGCUCUCGCAAAGGUCGAUCUUUGUCGAAGCAAAAGUUGUUUUUAGGGUUUGGAUUGGAUCAUCUCAAUUACAGAUCUAUCGUCUUAAAAUCUGAGUAAACAAGAUCCCUAAUUUUGAUUUUACUUCAUUUUUUUUUAAUUUCAAGAAAAUCGGUUCAUAUCUAAAUCUUGAUGAUGGAUUUUGAUGGAAACUCUUGUGAUAUUCAAAAGGAGAAAAUUUGAAGCUAAAUAUCGGAGAUUUUGAAUUUGACGAGAAAGGGGUUUUGAUUAUUUUGGUAAAGAUGUAUAAAUCGGCGGUGUAUAUAGGCGAGGAGUUACUGGGAGAAGUAGAAAUAUAUCCACAACAACUGCAACACGAACAAGAAGAAGAAGAGAACCGCAACAACAACAAGAGGGUCAUAGAUGAGAUAUUGACGGAGAAGGAAAUCAGAAUAAGCCACUUCUCGCAACCGAGCGAGAGGUGUCCUCCACUAGCAGUGCUACAUACCAUUACAUGUGGGAUGUGCUUCAAAAUGGAGUCCAAGAAUUCAGUCUCUCUUGACACGCCGCUUCAUCUUUUGCACUCCUCCUGUAUCCAGGAAAACAAGACUGCUGUAGUAUCACUCGGAGAGGGAGAGCUUCAUCUGGUGGCAAUGUAUUCAAGAAACGAUGAAAAUCAGUAUCCAUGCUUCUGGGGGUUCAACGUUUCAGCAGGGCUUUAUGAUGCUUGUCUUGUCAUGCUGAAUCUCAGAUGCCUUGGCAUUGUAUUUGAUCUUGAUGAGACUCUUAUUGUCGCAAAUACAAUGCGAUCUUUUGAAGAUAGAAUCGAGGCUCUGCAGCGGAAAAUAAGUACUGAGGUGGACCCACAGCGUCUUUCUGGUAUGCUGUCAGAGGUAAAGCGUUAUCAGGAUGACAAAACCAUUUUGAAGCAAUAUGUGGAAAAUGAUCAGGUUAUCGAAAAUGGAAGGGUGAUUAAAACUCAGUUUGAGGUUGUUCCUGCCCUGUCUGACAACCACCAAACCAUAGUCCGUCCGUUGAUACGAUUACAAGAGAGGAAUAUUAUUUUGACGCGCAUCAAUCCACAGAUUCGUGAUACAAGUGUCCUUGUGAGGUUGAGACCUGCAUGGGAAGAACUGAGAAGUUACUUGACUGCUAGAGGACGCAAACGUUUUGAGGUUUAUGUUUGCACAAUGGCUGAAAGAGAUUAUGCUUUAGAAAUGUGGAGGCUUCUUGAUCCGGAGUCAAACUUGAUAAACUCAAAAGAAUUAUUGGAUCGGAUUGUGUGUGUCAAGUCUGGUUCCAGGAAGUCAUUGUUCAAUGUUUUUCAAAAUGGAAUAUGCCAUCCUAAGAUGGCGUUGGUGAUUGAUGAUCGCUUGAAAGUGUGGGAUGAGAAAGAUCAACCUAGGGUGCAUGUUGUUCCUGCAUUUGCUCCAUAUUAUUCUCCACAAGCUGAAGCAAGUAAUGCUGUUCCAGUCUUGUGUGUUGCAAGAAAUGUUGCCUGCAAUGUCAGAGGUGGAUUCUUUAAAGAAUUUGAUGAGGGUCUAUUACAAAGAAUGUCUGAGAUUUCAUAUGAAGAUGAUAUGAAUGACAUCCCUUCUCCCCCUGAUGUGAGCAACUAUUUAGUUCCAGAGGAUGAUGCUGCUAACUCAAAUGGACACAAAGAUCCACUUUUAUUUGAUGGCAUUGCGGAUGCUGAGGUUGAAAAACGACUAAAGGAAGCACUUUCAGCUUCUUCAACGUUUCCUUCAACAGCUGCCAAUGUAGAACCAAAGCUUGUUCCUCCUCUUCAGUACACAUUGGCACCUUCUUCAAGUUCAACUCCAGUGCCAACAUCACAGCAAUCAGUAAUGCCAUUUCCAAGCGUGCAGUUUCCUCAGCCAUCUUCAUUAGUUAAACCUUUGGCUCCAGUUGGUCCUCCAGAACCAAGUUUGCAAAGUUCUCCUGCUAGAGAAGAGGGCGAGGUGCCAGAAUCAGAAUUAGAUCCAGAUACAAGGAGGCGGCUUCUUAUAUUGCAACAUGGACAAGAUACUAGAGAUCAUGUGCCAAGUGAAUCACAAUUUCCUGUAAGACCUCCAAUGCAAGUUUCAGUUCCAGGAGUGCAAUCUCAUGGAAGCUGGAUUCCAGCAGAGGAAGAAAUGAGUCCUAGGCAACUGAACCGAGCAGUACCUAGAGAAUUUGCUCUGGAUUCCGAACCAAUGCACAGUGAAAAACACCGACCUCAUCAUCCAUUCUUUUUUCCCAAGGUUGAGAAUCCUGUGCCGUCAGAUAGAAUGCUUCAUGAGAAUCAAAGAUUUCCAAAAGUGUUGCAGGCACCAUACAGAGAUGAUCGAUUGAGGAUAAACCAUGCAAUAUCCAGUUAUCAUUCUUUCUCAGGUGAGGAAAUACCAUUGAGUCAAUCAUCUUCCAGCAACAGGGAUCUUGAUUUUGAAUCUGAACGAGCUGUUUCAAGUGCAGAAACUCCAGUUGGAGUGUUACAGGAAAUUGCAAUGAAGUGUAGUGCCAAGGUGGAAUUCAGGCCUUCAUUGGUUGAUAGCAGAGAUCUGCAGUUCUCCAUUGAGGCUUGGUUUGCGGGAGAGAAAGUUGGUGAAGGGAUUGGUAGAACAAGAAGGGAAGCCCAAAGUCUUGCAGCUGAGAGUUCUAUUAGAAGCUUGGCAAACUUGUAUAUGUCACGAGCAAAGCCAGAUAAUGGGGAUGCAAGUAGAUAUUCGAGUGCAAAUGACAAUGGUUAUUUGGGUAAUGUGAAUUCCUUUGGGAGUCUGCCAUUGCCAAAAGACGAGCCUGUCUCAUCUUCUGCUGCCUUAGACCCUUCUAGGCUUCUGGAUCCAAGAUUGGAAGGCUCUAAGAAAUCAAUGGGUUCAGUUACUCCCCUCAAAGAAUUUGCAAGUUUCAAGGAAUUUUCACCAAAACGUCAGGGUUCCCCCAGGCAAUUUCAAGGGAUGUCGAAUAAACGUUUAAAAUCAGAGUUUCCAAGAGCUCUGCAACGCAUGCCUUCGUCUGCUAGAUAUCCCAAGAAUGCUUCUCCUGUUCCUUGAAGACCAUACAACGUUGUUGUGAAGGACUGGAGAGCUAUUUCGUUCCUGAACCAACAAUUGACUUUCAGUCAUUGAGACUCUUUGAUCUAUGGGAAACAAAGCUGCAUGGGGAUCCAAAUUGACUCAUCUUAUUGCAAAUUUUGCUGACUGCCUUUGAAGUCUGGAUUUCGAGCCACUUCUGUCUCAGCGCGUCGAAUGGCGCUGUCGAAAUUCCUCCGAUACAAAUGAGUCUCCAAUCCUCUACACUUAGAAAGCUUGAUACAGCAAAGAAAGUUGGUGCUCUGUAUCCCCAUUUUUUUGUAUGGUCGAUGCUGCCAGUGCCUUGGGAGAGCUUUCUUGGCUCGGAUGUUUAUAUUGUUCAUAUGUUUUAGCAGAAACAGAAAUGGGUGUGGAUCAAGAGCAGCUUCUGGCUGGUACUCAUCGGUCUCUUGCAUAUACUAAGUUACUACUAACCAUUGAGAGUGAUACUGUAAGCUAAUCAACCAGUUUCUAUUGACAGUCUCCACGCCACCAUGUGAAGCUGCAUGCUGAGAUAAACAUUGCAAAUGUAAUACAGUUUUCAACUUGUUAAAUGGAUAGAAAAUUUUCUCUCUCUCAA